GAGAACCCGAGAAGAAGACGAGGCUCACUCAGGGCAGAAGCUCCCUGAUUAAAGCACCCAGCAGACACCGGUGGUGGUCGGUGGUAUCUUGCCGAAGAACCCAAAACAAACUACAAACCAUGAAGAACGAAGGUAUAGAGGGCAUGGAGAGGUUCCUGAGCCCGGGCAGCGGCAGAGGCCUGCGGGCGCUGAGGCACUUCACGGAGGGGGAGCUGGUGUUCGCCUGCCCUGCCUACUCAUACGUGUUGACAGUGAAUGAGAGGGGAGCGCAUUGUGAGCACUGCUUCUCCAGGAGAGAAGACCUUUUUAAGUGUGGCAAGUGUAAGCAGGCUUACUACUGCAAUGUUGACUGUCAGAGAGGCGAUUGGCCCAUGCAUAAGCUGGAGUGUGUAGCUAUGAAUGCCUAUGGGGAAAACUGGUGUCCAUCAGAGACUGUCAGACUGGUGGCUCGAAUCAUCGUGAAACAGAGAGUCACAACAGAGCGCACCCCUUCAGAAAGGCUGCUACUGCUCAGAGAGUUUGAAUCCCAUUUAGAUAAGAUGGACAGUGAGAAGGACGAGAUGAACCAGACAGACAUAGCAGCGCUGCACCACUUCUACUCCAGACACAUCGGUGACCUUCCUGACAAACAGGCUCUCACUGAGCUAUUUGCACAGGUUAACUGUAAUGGUUUCACUAUAGAAGAUGAGGAGCUCUCACAUCUGGGAUCAGCUGUUUUUCCCGAUGUAGCACUGAUGAAUCACAGCUGUAGUCCUAAUGUCAUAGUGACCUAUAAAGGCACAGUGGCUGAGGUCAGAGCUGUCCAAGAGAUAAACCCUGGCGAUGAGAUAUUUAACAGCUACAUAGACCUGCUCUAUCCAACAGAGGACAGGAAAGAGAGGUUGUUAGAUUCCUACUUCUUCACAUGCCAGUGUACUGAGUGCACCACCACGUCUAAGGUACCGACAAGCAAAAUGGAGAUCAGGAAGCUAAGUUCUCCACCAGAGCCAGAGGAAAUCCGAUCCAUGGUCCGUUACGCCAAGAAUGUCAUCGAGGAAUUCAGGAGAGCCAAACACUACAAGACCCCCAGUGAGCUGCUGGAGAUGUGUGAGCUUAGCCAGGAGAAAAUGGGAGCUAUAUUUGCAGACACCAACGUCUACAUGUUGCACAUGAUGUAUCAGGCCAUGGGUGUCUGUCUCUACAUGCAGGACUGGGACGGAGCUAUGAGCUACGGAGAGAAGAUCAUACAACCAUACAGUGUUCACUACCCAGCUUACUCUCUGAAUGUGGCGUCUAUGUAUCUGAAACUGGGACGUCUGUAUUUGGGGCUUGAAAAGAAGACACAGGGAGUCAAAGCGCUGAAGAAGGCAGUUGCCAUCAUGGAGGUGGCUCAUGGGAAAGAUCACAAUUAUGUAGCGGAAGUCAAACGAGAAAUCGAGGAGCAGAAGUAAAUGAGGUGCAGCAGGAGGAGCAAAGAGAUGAAAGAAACAGGCACUGGAUUAAUGGAACCUCUUUUAAAGCAACAACAACAUAAAUACAUAUCACAACUGCAUGCCAUGCAUCUUAGACCGGUCCGUUUUUCACACCUCUUUGUAGGCAGGUUUUUUUGUUUUUUUUCAAGUCCACAUAUGACUGGGAGCUGAGGAUGACCACGUUUUGUACCUGCAGCUCCCUACUUACUUUCAGAUCUGGAGUUAAAAGCAAAAAGAUUAGGGUGUAAAUGCUUGGAAUGAAAAAAUGUGACUGAAAUACUUUGUGUGAUGAAGCUCAUUAAACCCAUUCAACACCAAUACUGUAAUUUAAGAAAUGUCAUCAGUGGAAAAAAAUUAAAACUUUAAGACACAGAAGAAGAGCAAAGCUUUCAUGUGACAACUACGAAAGCUCCAUUUUCUAACAUGGAAUGCCUAGUUUUUCCUCUCCUUGUGAGACAGAAACCGUUCAUUGUGUUCUGUAGAUCCAUCAACAGACUGUUUCACCAUCAUUUAAGUCUUGGGCAACAGUUUUAACUACACAGUCGUCCUCCAGAGUAGUUGUUUAAUGAUUUGGACUUCUGUACAAACUGGUGAGUAGAUGUUAAGAAGCGCAUUGCAACUUAUUCCCAGCAAAUGCAUUUUAAUUCUAUCAAACAAAGUUUCUGGCUUCAUUGAGUCUUGUUUAAACUGUGAGGAAAUUAUGACUGACCAUGCAUCAGGUACUCUGUAGCAAUGAGGAAAAGAAUGCAAAGAACAAUUCUUGGCUUGUUUUACAGUAAGUUUUAAUGUUGCAUGUUUGAUUGUUUAUGUUGUGUGUUUUAAUUUUUUUUAUAUGAGGCUUUUUGACCAAAGGAGCCAGAGGUUUAACUGACAAGGAACCAGCUAUAAUUCUGUAUUCAGUGUAUCCUUAAACAAGGGUGCUGAUUUGAGACCAGGUCCUGCAGUAAAAACAUUGGUACUAUGAUCUGACCAAUGAUCCUGGAUCAGACUCUCUGCUCUCAGGAAAAACACUGUAGCUUUUGUUGCCUUUUUUCAAGAGAUGCAUUAUUAUACCUUUAUUUUUUUUGAAAUGAUGGAGAAAAAAACCCUGUUUUCACAAAUACCCGUGUCAGCGUGGACUAGGCCUAAGCAUCAAUUUAUCAGUAUCAGCAAUGGGCAAAAUCUGCAGUAUACUGUGACUACCUUUUACAUGCAGGGGAUAACAAGGGGGGAUGUAAUCCUCACCAUACACUUUUAAUUUUAUAAUCAAUAAGAAUGAAUUAAAUAUUUAUUAAAAAGGGAAAUUCCUCUCCCUUUUAUGUUUGAUUUAGUGCAAAGCUCAUGUUUGCACUCUUUUAAGCUAAAGAGACGAAUUUGAUUCGUACCAUAAGGAAGAAUUACUUUCAGCAGGAAUAGGUACUCAAAACUAAUAGAAUCUGUUGUAAAAUCGUGUUGACAAGGUUAGUCAGAAAUGUGUUGCCUGUGCAAAAUGGUUUUCUAUGACCCUGACACCGAAAUAAUGACAAGGAGGAGCAAUUACAGGUCCUAAAACUGUAGUUUUCUCUCUGCUGUGGAUUUGACUGAAUCAUUAUAGAAAAGCAUGCAGUGUGUGGAAGGAGGCAAUACCAAGAUCCUCACCUGGGCCUUAAGUUUUUUUUUUGUUGUACUCACAUUUUGUACAAUUUUGGUGACAAAUUAUGUCAAAGCUGCAAAUCUGUAAGAACAUUUUUUUUUUUGUAUCAGUUUCUGUUAGUGGACAGUAAGCCUGCCUGCAUUCUUCACACUGCCCCGUCCAAGGCAAUAGAUAUAUAAUUCCUUCAAGAUUUUAAUGCCUGUAGCUUCUCCCUCUUAUUUACCAUGGAUGCAGUUUUAUGAACAACAUUACUGUGGGUUGCUGAGGGUUAGAAAUAGUCCAUUGUUAUGAGUUUCCUGUCAGUCAUAUUUGUAGCAACUCCUGCAUAGGUGACUCUUUUUAUCACCUGCAAAGAUUCAUCUGGAAGGUGUCUGCCUUACAUUUUUGCAGAGGUAAUCCAAAAGCACCAUUUCAGCAACUCUGUUUGUCUUUGUGUAUGUUUUUACAAAGGAAAAGAGGGUUCGUAGGCCGGUUUGCACAAGCCAAAAAACAGUUAAACCCUCUGCUAGAUUUGAGCACUUCAUUUUAUUUCUAGACUGUAAAAACAUGUAUAGGAUUUGUUUUUCUGUGAUGUCAUGAAAGAACUUGUGACACAAGGGUUAGAACAGUAAAAUCUUUCUCAUACUGCAUGUAUACAACCAGAAAAAGGCUACCCAUAUGAUGUUUUCUACAAUUUCUGUAAUGAGCUGUUACUUAAUGAGGCAUGAAAGUUAUUCUACUGGAAUGCGUAACUAAAAUCUGAGCCUCUGAUUCUUUCUGCACAUGUCAGUAGAACUCAAUAAAUAACAGUAGGGCACUUA